CAAGGCUCUCGGCGUCAAGGUCACCAACCCCAAGGGCCGUGUCACCACUGAGGCUUAAAUGGAUUUUCUUAUCUUAAAAUACAAAAAAGAAAGACCUAUUUAUGGAAUGAUAAUGGAAAAAAAUUAUCAAUGAUCCAUGAAUAUACUCUUUUUCUGGUUCCACAAAGAAAAAAGAAAAUCCACAAAACGUCUUGUUCUCGGGCUCACCGGUAUCAUUUGGGGAACUUUUCAAUCAAGUGAUGAUAUCGGUGGUAUUUCUCCUUUGUUUUCCCCUAAUGUCUCGAUGGAUGGAGAACUUGCUGUGCUUGUUCCUUCGUCUGGGGUUCCUAUGGGGGAAAGAGGGGGGUGUGUCAUGGCGCGGGGCUUUUUGUUACGGAGCGAGAGAGAGAUAACCUUGCUAGGCUGGGGUUAACUUUAGUUGUUCGAGAAAUUAUCAAUGCGAUGCGCGCGUGGCUUGGCUGGUGCUGCUGGUCUGGGAAUCUUUUUUUUUCCUUUCUUUGUAGAUGCCUUGAUGACUGAUGGUUAGGUAGUAUUUGUUGGGUCGUUG